GCACUAACUGCAUUACUCUUGAUUUUGAGACCACAUGUUAACUGCUCUUUGCCGUUAGAUGCUAGGACGUUUUUAGGGACAAUAAGAAGCGUAAGAAUUUCUGAAAUUGGCGGUGGUACAUAUCACCAUUUUGGUGUUGAAAGAGCGGUAAGAAAUAUUGUAAAAGAAUGUCAGAUGGAAGGCAAAAGAGUUCAAGAUGUAAAGUUAUCAUUUAACAUUGAUGGUUUACCUAUUUCAAAAUCAGGUACAGACAGUUUCUGGCUCAUUCUUUGCUCCGAAGUAAAUAGUAAUUCAGUUUAUCCGGUUGGGGCAUUCUGUGGCAAAAGCAAACCUGAUGACGCAAAUGAAUUCAUGAAAGAAUUUGUAGAUGAAUUGAUUUCUUUGUGUCAAAAUGGUUUGCCAGAUUUAAAUGUUACAGUAUCUUGUGAAAAUAUUAUAUGCGAUGCUCCAGCGAAAUCUUUUGCAUUCUACUUGAAGGGACACACAGGAUAUAACAGUUUUUCCAAAUGUGAAAUUGGCGGAAUUUAUAUUUCACGAAAUGUGGGGAAAAAGAAAAAAAAAGGAACAGUUUGUUUUCCCGUGCCCAAACGAUUAAAAUUAAAAACAGAUGAUGGAUUCAACCGAAAUUACUACAAUGAUAUAGAAAAUGGAAAGGAGACAAUUUUAAAAUUAAUUCCGAAUUUCGGUUGUAUAUCGGGAGUUCCUUUAGAUUACAUGCAUCUUGUUUUAUUAGGUGUUGUAAAGAAAAUAAUUCAAUUGUGGGUAAAAGGUCCGUACAGAAUUAAAUUACGAAGGCAUGAAAUAAAUAAAAUUUCCAAAAAAUUAAAUGCUCUUCGAUACAGCGCACCCUGUGAAUUCGUAAGAAGACCUCGUUCCCUAUGGAAUUACACACAUUGGAAAGCAACAGAGUUCCGUACGUUUCUCCUUUAUGCAGCGCCAAUAGUUUUAAAAGGUAUUAGACAAGAUAUUUAUGACCAUUUCAUGAUUUUACAUACUGCAAUAUCAGUAUUGGUGAGUGACAUUCACUUAGAAAUACCCAGGAACAUAGAUGUUUGUCAUGAUUUGCUAGUGCGAUUUGUCGAAGACUUCGAAACAAUUUAUGGGAAAAAAUACGCAUCUCAUAAUAUCCACAAUUUGUUGCACUUGUGCAAUGAUGUUAAACGGUUCGGUCGUUUGAACAAAUUUAGUUCCUUUAAAUAUGAAAACUAUUUAUCUUCAAUUAAAAGAUGGAUAAGAAAAGGAUUUCACCCUUUGGAACAAAUUGUGCGCAGAUAUUCCGAACGCGAAUCUUAUUUAAAGGACACGAAAAUGAAGCAAACAUUAACUUUAAAUCAUCCUCAUAAUUCGGGACCACUAGAUGGAGAUUGUGCCAUGAUUCAGAAGCAGUAUAAAAUCUUGGAAAAAGAAACAUUUAAAUUGAACUGCAACGAGCCGAAAAAUAGUUGUGUCUUAUUAAAAAAUGGUGUAUUCGGUCAAGUUCUGAACAUUAUCGAUUGCAACAACGAAAUACGACUAAUAAUAAAAAAAAUAAAUUGUAUUUCUCAACUGUAUGAUAAUCCGGAUUCCAGAUGUAUCAAUAUUUAUAAAGGCAUUCUUUCCGAGGAAGCUGAAUUCUCAGUUCCAUUAACAAAUGUCUUAUCUAAAGUUUGGAGAAUCCCAUCUAGUAAAGGGAUGUCAUUGCUUCCUUUGCAACACAAUGUUUAAUAUGAUACUAUUCCUAAAAAUAUUCUAGCUGCGAAAUAUGUGAAAAAAUAAGUUUAUAAUAUUUCUAAUUUUUUGAGAAAAAUAAGUACUUAUGUCCGAAAGAAAGAAGGUAGAAAAGAAAAUGCUCAAAUUUCCAAAGAGGACUUGAUCUAUGCCAAUUUCAUGUUUUUUGAGGGACAAUCAAAAAGUAUGCUAAACUAACAAAUGAAAAUUUUAAAAAAAGGCCCAGACAAACAGAACAUCUAAAAAGGUUUAUUGUCAAUGAUACUGGAUCUGUUUCGAAGUGAUUCUUAUUAUUAAUUAAUUAAUUAAUUAUUGAUUUAUCGAAUAAUUUGGCUCUUAAGGAGAAAGACAAAAUUAUCUAGGCGGAUAAAGUUAUUAAUGUCAAGAGACAUUAUUUAAGCGGUGGAAAAAAUGGAAUUUCAGUACCGUUAAUCAAUUCUACUAUGUGAAUCCAAAUUUAGAAUUUUUAGCAAAAUAUGCGAUAUUAGCCGUCCGAAUCAGGAAAAGCAAAAAUUGAACCGUUCCUAAAGAAACAGUCUUACAGCAUUAUUUGUUGAGAAAAAUUUUGAGCUCUAAAAUAGUAUUUCAAACGCAAAUCACUAAAUUAAAUAUUGAUCUAUCGGAAUGGAGGGAUACACUUGCAUUUAUGAUCAAGGAAAUAUGCAUUUGAGAUUUUAACGAUACUCUGAUAAUGGGAUCGAACGAAAUUACAUUAUUUAUUGUGUGAUCUCAUUUUGUAAUACGUUCCAGCCGUCAAUGUUACUUCUAACACUCCUUUAAAGAUUCGUCAAAUGGCGUUCCAAAGGUCUAAAGGCGUCAUCAGUUUAGUAUUUUUUAUUUUUCUAAGUUUUAGUUUUUUUUUCACUCAUAUUUUCUAAUUCUUUUAAUUUGAUUCUUUCUUUAAAUUUAAAUUCUUAAAAAAAUA